AUUUAAACACUUCGUAUCGUUCACAGCUUUUGUUUUCAUGCAAGCGAGGUUUUCUUUGAAUCAAGGUCAGGAGAGUGCUUUGGAGAGUUAGUUAUUGGUAAUGAUAGUAAGUAAGCUCACUCGUGUCAGUAUACGAAUUCUGUAACAUUUAUUUAUAGCAUUAAAUUUGUUGUGAAUCUAUCUGUGAGGUGGUGGAUAGGAAAUCAGAUCUCAAGAUAGUGUACUCUGGAAAAGUAAAGUAAACUCAGGUUAUGGAUGAUCCAGAAAGUAGAAAAACUCACUCAGAUCUUUUGAUCGCUGAAAAAAUACAGGAAUCAGAUUUUAGAAAUACAUGCAAUGAUGCUACAAAAGAAUCGAGCGAUAAUGUAGGUAAAAAUGAAUACAAGGAAGAAUAUAUAUACAUCACUCCUACAGAAACUGAUGUACUUAAUACAGCAGAACGUAACGGUCGUCUGCAUGUAUGUGUCCGAAAUGUUCCUGACAAACCUUCAAAACCCCAGGAAGAAUCUUUGAAAUAUGAUAAGAUAGAAAAGAAGAAAAGUAGCAGAGAGACAAAUGAACAAGAACAGAUUCCCGGAAUAGACUCCAAGGUAGAAAAUCACACAGAAAACUCAAGUUUAAAGACACACGUAAUGAAAGUGAGGAAUGUUCCAGAAAACUCAGUUGAUGUACACCUUACGGCAAAUCAAGACAAAGCAAAUCCAGAGAUUUCCUCAGACAAAUCGGAUCAGAAAAUGUCUGCUGCUGGAAUAUAUAAGGAAAGAAGUGAACAAGAAAGUAGUAAAAGUCACGUGGACAAACAUCUGAACACAAUACAAAUCCUGGAUGACGAGUUGUGCAUUGAAAAUGAAAUCGUCGAAAUGUCAUUAAAACUGGAGGAAUGCAAUGUAGUAGUUGACAGUGACAUAUGUAACAAAGCACAUGAUGUCACAACACACGAGACAGAUAAAUGUGAAGAACCGAAGAGAGUCGAGGUCCAUGGCGGUAUAAUUACUGAGGAUGCGAAUACAACACCGAAUGAAGAGUAUGUCACGAUGGAAUCUGAAGAAGAAAGCAAUGCCCUCAAAUCGGAUCAAGCAAUGCCUGUAACUGGACAAGAUACAGAUGGAGAUGGACGAGGAAGCCAUGAGGAUCACAAGGAAAAACAUCUUAAUUCAGUACAGAUCAUCGACGGCGAUUUAAGCAUUCAUGGUGAAAUCGUUGAUAUUUUACUACAAAACGAGGGAUGCAACGUUGUAGAGGAUUGUGAUGUCUAUAACAAAACACACGAUGUUACAGCACACGAGACAGAUAAAUGUGAAGAACCAAAGAGAGUCGAGGUCCAUGGCGGUAUAAUUACUGAGGAUGCGAAUACAACACCGAAUGAAGAGUAUGUCACAAUAGAAUUUAAAGAAGAAAGCAAUGCCCUCAAAUCGUAUCAAACAAUUACUAAAAGAGAUAACGAAAGAGAUGGACAAGAAGGUCAUGAGGAUCCCAAGGACAAACAUUUGGAUGCAGUACAGAUCCUGAACGGCGAUUUGGGGAUUGGAAGUGAAAUCGAUGAUAUUUCACUACAGAAGGAGUGCAACGUAGUAGUCGAUAGUGAUGUGUAUAACAGUGUACACGAUCUCACAGCACGAGACUCAAAGACAUGCGAAAAACUAGAGAAAGUCGAGGCCCAUGAGAGGAUAAUUACUGAGGGUGAGAAUAGAACAGAGAACCAAGAGUAUGCGCAGAUAGAAUCUAAAGAAAGCCAUACCUUCGAAACACUUCGUGUUGUAUUGAUUGGUCAGACGGGUGUAGGCAAAAGCGAAACUGGAAACACAUUAUUAGAUGCCAAAAAAUUUAGAUCUUCCCCAUCUUCAAAGUCUUGUACGGAAGUUUGUCAAAGAGAGUGCGCGUUAAGAGGAGACGUCUACCUGGAGAUCUUGGAUACCCCAGGUCUGUUCGACACCCAUAAACCAGCGGAUGAACUACGAGAAGAGUUUUUGAAGUGCAUGAUAAUGACAAACCCUGGGCCCCAUGCCUUUCUUUUCAUCCUUAGGAUGAAUCGCAUCACAGACCAAGAAAAGAAGACAAUCACAUAUCUAAAAGAUAUAUUCGGCGGUGAUCAAUUUCUUCAACACACAAUUGUUGUUAUUACCAGGAAAGAAGACCUAAAGCCAAACGACACAGAUAUCCAUUUGACCGAAGACGUAGACCAACUUUUCAAAGCCAAUCUUGAAAAGUGUCCUGCACUUUACCGCAUGAUUUCUCAGUGUGGGAAUCGGUAUUUUCUAAUUUCUAAUAAAGGGAAAGUGGAUGGGUCAAAACGAAGUCGACAGGCAGACGAACUUUUAUCACUUAUAAAAGAAACGACAGUACAAAACGGUGACUCGUUUUACAGUUAUCAGUACUUUAUAGAUCUUGAGAAAGAACGGAAGUUAAAAUUGAAAAUGGAAGCUGAGAAAAAAGAGGAAGAAAAACGGUUAGAAAAAGAGAGAAAAGACAGGGAAAUUCUUGCAGAGAUCAAAGAAAAAGAGCUCAUGUUGAGACUUAAAAAGGCGGAAAAGGAGCGCGAAAGGGAGAGAAGAGAGGCAGCAAGGCAACAAGCAAUACUAGAAGAAAAAUUGAGGGAGGAAAAAGAAGAGAGAAGACGUCUGAAAGAGAAAAGACGCAGACAAAGGGAACAUGAAGAGUAUUUAGAAGAGUUAGAAGAAGAAAGAGAACGUGAAAGACGUCGACGCACAAAUCUGGAAAGAGAACGUGAACGAUGUCGACUCGCAAAUCUGAAUAGAGAGGCCAGCACGAGCCGACAGCAAAAUACCGAGACUUCAAGGGAGUCAAAUCAGAGGGGCUGCAACGUUAUGAAUUUCUCGACAGUGAACAAAACUUUUAUAAAGAUGCAAGAUGAAAAGUUUGUCACCGGUUUAAAACUUUGUAGAAAUGGAAAACUUUCUAUUUAUACCGACUAUCCAGACACAACAAUAGCUAAUUCAGCCGCAACAGAUAAUGAAAGAGCAGUAUUAUAUAAGGAGAUUACCGUAGAAAGAAGUGAUGAUACUGAGAAACAUAAAAACAACAAUGUGAAAAGUAGUGACGAUGUGGCUAUACCGAAUAGAUAUAACCAAGCAAUGUCCGCAACGCACGAAUUGAUGUCUGGCUUGGACAAUACUUUGAAAGCAGCAAAUAAAGACAUGUUACACAACCCACACUCUCUACCUGAAACCGAGAAAGAAAAUGCACCUAAUUUUAAAGUAAUCGAUAACGGACUGAAUAAAAACAGGACCACAGUCACAAUGAACAAGUAUGUAGGCAUGAAGACAGAUUCAAAUACUACUUCUGCAUUAAAUUCACAAACACUCGUGAAGGCUGAACAAAAUCAGAUUCCAAAUGAGAAAAGAAACGAUAGCAAUGAAAACAACCUGUCCGUUAAAGAUAGCACUCCCCUGAUGUCGUCACGAAUUAUUUUGAUUGGAAAGACAGGAACUGGAAAGAGCGCUACAGGAAACACCAUUCUGGGGCAAACAAAAUUCCAGACAGCCAGUGGUUUUGUUUCUUGCACCUCAACCUGCCAAAGAGAAAUGUGUGUGAUUAAUGAUCAACGCAUUGAGGUAAUCGACACGCCUGGAUUGUACGACACCUCAAAAACAGAAGAGAUGGUCAAGAGAGAGCUUUCGAAGUGUAUGGAAAUGUCGUUGCCAGGACCGCAUGUGUUUUUAGUGAUCUUGUCAGUGGAGAGAAUAACUGAACAGGAAAAAUACACAUUGAAGUAUAUGGCCGAUAUUUUCGGUGGCCAGGACUUUUUGAAUCACACAAUAAUAGUGAUCACUCGUAAAGACAAUUUUGAUAAUGAAGUGGAUUCGGAUGACGAAGAUGAAGAUUUAAAUGUAUCCGAGAUACUUGAUGACUUUAUUCGUACAUCUGAGGAUCUUAGCAGAAUGGUACAACAGUGCAAUGGUAGGUGUGUGGCUAUCUCAAAUGCAAGCCACAUCGAAAAACCCAAGAGAAGGAGAGAAGGUGAAAGACUCCUCCAUUCCAUUAAUCAGUUGAUUCAAAAGAACGAAGGGGUGUACUACAGUAAUGAUUUGUUUGAGGAUUUGGAACGGAAAAGAGAAAUCAUACGUAAGGAAGAGGAAAGGAAAAGACAAAAUGCAAUCAAAGAAAUGGAGAGGCAGAGGAACGAACGUAAAAAGGAGAUAGAAAGACGGGAGUGCAAUAUCGAACAAUUAAAGAAAGAUAUUGACGAAGAGGAAGAGAAAUUAAAGAGAGAUAAAUCUCGAUCUAAAGAUGAAAUUUUCGAAUUAAAAGAGAAAUUGCAGAAAAUGGCAUCCCAAAAGGAAGAGAUGGAGCGGAGAAUGAUGGAAGACGAAAAUAGAUUGAAAAAAGAAACGCAAGAAUUGAGAGAGGAAACAGAUAGAUUACGUUGGGAAGUUGACAACAUGAAAUGGGACAUUUCUCAAUCGAAGGGAAGUGAGAAAUCAACAUGUAACAUUUUUUCCAAGGAGAUGGAUGCUGUAGUCAUACUUUCCUCCAUCAGUAAUUCAAGACAGGUUAUGGAUGAUCCAAAAAGCAGAAAACCCCAUUCAGAUCAUUUGAUCAAACCACAGGAAUCAGACUUUAGAAAAUCAUGCAGUGAUGCUACAAAAGAAUCGAGCAAUAAUGUAGGUAAAACUGAAUACAAGGAACAAUGUAUCUACACGACCGCUAUAGAGAGUAAUGCAUUGAGUACAACAGAAAGUAACGGCCUGCAUCUUUGUGUCCAAAAUGUUCCUGACAUACCUGCGAAAACCCAAGAAGAGUCUUUAUAUGAUAAGAUAGAAACCAAGAAAAGUAGCAGAGAGACAAAUGAACAAGAACAUAUUGAGGGAAUAGACUCCAAGGUAGAAGAUCACAGAGAAAACUCAAGUUCGAAGAUACACGUAAUCAAACUGAGGAAUGAUCCUCAAAAACCGGUCGAUGUAUGCCUUACGGCAACGGAAAUGGCUGGCAAAACUUCGGAGAAAUCAGAUCUAGAGGUUUCCUCAUACAUUGAUGAAGGCAAAUCGGAUCAGACAAUGUCUGCUGCUGGAAUAUAUACGAAAAGAAAUGAACAAGGCACUAGUAAAAGUCACAUAGACAAAGACCUGAACGCAGUACAAAUCCUGGAUGACGAGUUGUGCAUUGAAAAUGAAAUCGUCGAUAUGUUACUAAACCUGGAUGAAUGGAAUGCAGUAGUUGACAGUGACAUAAAUAACAAAGCACAUAAUGUCACAACACACGAAACAGAUAAAUGUGAAGAACCAGAGAAAGUCGAGGUCCAAGGCGAUAUAAUUACUGAGGAGGCAAAUACAACACCAAAUAAAGAGUAUUUCACAAUAGAAUUCAAAGAAGAAAGCAAUACCCUCAAAUCGGAUCAAGGAAUGUCUGUUACUGGGACAGAUACAGAAAGAGAUGGACAAUGUCAUGGGGAUCCGAAGGACACACAUUUGAAUGUGAUACAGACCAUGGGCGGUGAUUUGAGUAUUGGAAGUGAAAUCGUUGAUAUUUCACUACAGCAGAAGUGCAACGUAGUAGUCGAUAGUGAUGUGUAUAACAGUGUACACGAUCUCACAUCACGAGACUCAAAGACAUGCGAAAAACUAGAGAAAGUCGAGGUCCAUGAGAGAAUAAUUACUGAGGGUAAGAAGAGAGCACUGAAUCAAGAGUAUGCUCAGAUAGAAUUUAAAGAAAGCCAUGCCUUCGAAACACUUCGUGUAGUAUUGAUUGGUCAGACGGGUGUAGGCAAAAGCGAAACUGGAAACACAUUAUUAGGUGCCAAAAAAUUCAAAUCCUCCCCAUCUUCAAAGUCUUGUACGGAAGUUUGUCAAAGAGAGUGCGCGUUAAGAGGAGACGUCUACCUGGAGAUCUUGGAUACCCCAGGUCUGUUCGACACCCAUAAACCAGCGGAUGAACUACGAGAAGAGUUUUUGAAGUGCAUGAUAAUGACAAACCCUGGGCCCCAUGCCUUUCUUUUCAUCCUUAGGAUGAAUCGCAUCACAGACCAAGAAAAGAAGACAAUCACAUAUCUAAAAGAUAUAUUCGGCGGUGAUCAAUUUCUUCAACACACAAUUGUUGUUAUUAGCAGGAAAGAAGACCUAAAGCCAAACGACACAGAUAUCAAUUUGACCGAAGACGUAGACCAACUUUUCAAAGCCAAUCUCGAAAAGUGUCCUGCACUUCACCACAUGAUUUCGCAGUGUGGCAAUCGGUGUUUUCUAAUUUCUAAUAAAGGGAAAGUGGAUGGGCCAAAACGAAGUCGACAGGCAGACGAACUUUUAUCACUAAUAAAAGAAACGACGGUACAAAACGGUGACUCGUUCUACAGUUAUCAGUACUUCAUAGACCUUGAGAAAGAAAGGAUGUUAGAAUUAAAAAUGCAAGCUGAGAAAAAAGAGGAAGAAAAACGGUUAGAGGAGGAGCAAAAAGACAGGGAAAUUCUUGCACAAAUCAAAGAAAAAGAGCUGAAGUUAAGACUUGAAAUGGCGGAAAAGGAACGCGAAAGUGUAAGAAUAGAGGCAGCAAGACUGGAAGAAAGAUUGAGGAAGGAAGAAGAAGACAGAAAACGUCUGGAGGAGAGAAUACGCAAACAAAGAGAACAUGAACGAUAUUUAGAAAUUUUAAAAGCGGAAAGAGAACGCGCACGACGUCAACACUGGGAGGUACAAAUGAAGACCAGAAUGAACCGACGCCAGAAUACCGAGGCUUCAAGGCAGUCAAAUCAGUGGGGCUGCAACGUUAUGUAAUAUAAAAUUCGAUUAUAGUUUCUCCCUAUUGCAGUGGGUUUCUAUAUUUUCCCCAAAAGAGGAAGUCUAUGUCGAAUGUUAUUAUUUGUUGCUAUUUAAAUAUUAUGAGCGCAUG